AUCUGCAGGUAUUUUGAUCAUAUUCCAGGCAUGACAUGCACAAGUUUUCCAGCAAUGAUCUGCAAGUAUUUUGAUGAUAUUCCAGGCAUGACAUGCACAAGUUUUCCAGCAAUGAUCUGCAGGUAUUUUUAUCAUAUUCCAGGCAUGCGAUGCACAGGUUUUCCAGCAAUGAUCUGCAAGUAUUUUGAUUGUAUUCCAGGCAUGGCAUGCACAGGUUUUCCAGCAAUGAUCUGCAAGUAUUUUGAUUGUAUUCCAGGCAUGGCAUGCACAGGUUUUCCAGGCCCUGGUGCUGCAGAGGGCAGGGCCAUCAUGAACCCUAUGGCAGAGUACAUCAACAAUGAUGAUAACCAUAUCCAUGAAAUGUUUGAACAUUUCAAAACAACACACAAGAAAGAUUACAAGACCAUCCAUGAACAUGAGACAAGGAAAAUGUACUUCAGGAAAAAUGUGAGGUUCAUUCACUCCAAAAACAGAGCUUCCCUUGGGUAUAGUCUGGCUGUGAAUCAUUUGGCAGACAAGAGUGAAAAAGAAUUGAAAAUAAUGAGAGGUUACAGACACUCUCAUGUCUACAAUGGAGGACUGGCAUUUAACAAGGCUCUGUAUAAAAACCAAGUCAGACCAGAUCAAAUGAACUGGAGGCUGAAAGGUGCUGUGACUCCUGUCAAAGACCAGGCGGUGUGUGGGUCAUGUUGGAGCUUCGGCACUGCAGGGACUAUAGAGGGCGCUUACUUCCUCAAGACUGGCAACCUUGUGCGUCUGUCCCAGCAGGAGCUGAUGGACUGUUCUUGGGGUGAAGGGAACAAUGGCUGUGAUGGAGGCGAGGACUUCAGGUCGUACCAGUGGAUCAUGAAACAUGGCGGACUGACCACUGAGGAGAUGUAUGGCCCAUACCUGGCAGUGGAUGGUAUGUGCCACUAUAAGAAUGUCACCCCUGUAGCCGUCAUUAAAAGCUAUGUCAAUGUGACCUCGGGCGAUGCGGAAGCCUUGGAAAUGGCCAUCUUUAACAAUGGCCCCGUCUCCGUGGCUAUUGAUGCUGCCCACCUCUCCCUCUCAUUCUAUGCAAAUGGUGUUUACUAUGAACCCAAAUGUGGUAACAAGCCUGAUGACCUGGACCAUGCAGUGCUGGCUGUGGGGUAUGGCACCAUGAACGGACAGAGGUACUGGCUGAUCAAGAACUCCUGGUCCACAUACUGGGGAAAUGAUGGCUAUGUUCUCAUGGCUCAGAAGGACAACAACUGUGGAGUGACUACUUCACCAACAUAUGUUAAUUUAAAAUGAGCCACGUUACAGUUUGCCGUGGUGUUUCACUACCACUCGUGAUAGUCCCUCGGACUGUGUUACAAUAUAGCAUUGUAAUAUCACCCUCCGAUUUUUAUCUUCAUAAUAAUGAAAUUAAUCAUUGAAAACUCAUCAAUAACAUAUGUAUAUUUGCAUUCUGUAAAGAAAUUGACUCAUAAAAACCGGACAUUUUGUAAUUUUAUCAUCCUUUGUAUUGUUAUUUUUCUGAAAACUCAAAUUUAUAUUUGCUUACUUUUGUUUUCAAGGUUUUGUUUUCUUGAAGAUAAAAGCACUGUAGCUGCUCUGCUUGAUAUUUGUUUAUCACAUGUAAAAUGAGAAAAGAUGCUGGUAUUAGACUUGUGAAGAUUCUUUUGUCUUUAGCUACCUAUAUAUGUCUGGUCUUACCAGCCAAUGUUUCGUCUGCUUGCAGUCAGACUUGAUCAGGGAAUGAGGUUGUGAUAGAUGUGACAAUGUAUCACCCUAUCACCAGUCUAUUACAAUAACAUAGCUAAUGAAACUGCUCUACACUAAGACACAAGUAUUGUUUUCACAUGCUUUCAUAACAAAGUGUAAAGUGUAACUUAUAAUUAAUGUAUCUAAUUUAA